AUGCUAAUUACCCGAAAUAUCUAUGAAAGAAAUUUCAUAUCCCUAAUAAAUAUCGACAGGUCCUGUAACUUGGAAUUUGGAAGUGUCCUCCUGCUCCAGGCUCCAGCAGAUCCCAUAAGGCCACAAGUGAUAAUAAAACCCCGUUCGAAGAACUUGAGCCCUGGGACCGAAGGAGUAGGACAGAGGCAGCCCAGUAAUGGCGAAAACCUUCACUCUGGUUCAAACAGUUGCCACUGCAGCAGUUUUCUCUGCUGUUUCCGGCUGGUACGGUUUCAUGUUUGGAAGAGAAUCGGCCCGUAAAGAACUCGGCAGCUUGAUCGACGAUCUACGCCGCGGAGAUUCCGCCUCCCCUCCUCCUGUGCAUUCUUGACUGUCUAAGAAGUUGGUGCAUCUGCAUUGUUAAUUUUCCCAAGAGUUAUCAUCGCAGGCGCAUGAGUUUCAGCUUGAAAUGCUAAAUAGCGACUGCAACAGUGUCUCGGAGAAGUCUGAUGAACAUAAAGGGUCUAAGAAUUUGAUAAAUUGUGAACCUGGGGGUGGAUAUUUUUUUGGGUUCUGGUCCUCGGGAAAAGUAGGAAAUGUUCUUGUCUUUCUAGCUUGCAUGAAUAUGAUCCCUGUGAGAUGAAGAGAAUCGUUAAGAUGUAAAGGCUGUUGAAGAGGAAAUCUGCAUUCUGCAAAUCUGGUGAGGUCGAACUAUUGGAGGCCUUCUGCUUACCGAAUGUACUCAUAGCUCAAGUUUUGUAUCUGUGCUUCUACGGACAGUUGUUUAAGCAGUGCAAUGAGUUCCUCUGCCUUUUCUUUUGUUCAUUAGCAGCGAGCAACCCCACUUUAGUUACUGUCGUCUGGUCUGGAGUAGUGGGAAGUGUUAGGAUUUGGAUGAAAAUGUCCUAAUCUGCAAUGAAAAUGUCCUACACUGCACUCUGAACUUCUGCAGGACAGUUGUUUCUGCUAACUGCGACAGGAUAGUCGAGAAGAAUCCCACUCUUUCAAUCAAUCGCAUAUCUUGGAAUAACGAUGGAAUUGUCUCUUACCUUCUAUGUAAUCAAUCGCAACUACCUUGUAUAACUAAUUGGUG